AAGAAAACACAGCCCGGAAGGAAGCAAUCUUUCGCCCAACCGAAAAUGCAGGACAAUCGGCCCGAGCUGUACGAGGAGGUGAAACUUUACCGGCAGGCACGAGAGCGUGAAAAGUACGACAACCUGGCGGAUCUGUUUGCCCUUGUUUCUACGCUGCAAAAUCUCGAAAAGGCCUACAUCCGGGAUUGCAUUACGCCUCAGGAGUAUACCGCUGCCUGUUCGAAGCUGCUGGUGCAGUACAAGGUCGCGUUCAAAAUUGUGCAAGGCGACGAGUUUCCUACGAUCGAUUCGUUUGUGAAAAAGUUCCGGCUAGACUGUCCGGCGGCACUAGAACGCAUACGGGAAGAUCGUCCAAUUACCAUCCGGGACGAUAAGGGCAACACGAGCAAGUGCAUUGCCGAUAUAGUGUCAAUGUUCAUUACGCUGAUGGACAAGCUGCGGCUCGAGAUUCGUGCGAUGGAUGAUUUACAGCCCGAACUGCGCGAUCUGUUGGAUACGAUGAACCGGCUUUCGCUGAUUCCGGAUAAUUUCGAGGGCAAGGAGAAGGUGUCCAACUGGUUGGCGACACUGAACACGAUGCAGGCAUCCGACGAUCUAACGGAGGCCCAGGUCCGUCAGCUGCUUUUCGAUUUGGAAUCGUCCUAUUCGGCAUUUAACAAUCUGCUGCACACCACAUAAGCGUCAGAACUGGCGAACCGUAUUUCCUUGGAACUGUAAAUAGGAACAUAA